UCUACCUAUCAGGAACGUGUUUUUUUUUUUCCAUCCCUUUUUUUCUCUUCUCCCUUUUCCGCGUGUCUUCCUUUUUUUUUUCUACUCUCUUUAUUAUCAUCUUCAUAUAUCGUAAAUUCGACGUGACAGAUAUAAAUAAGUGUUAAGAACGUGCGCGCGUGUUCGUUCGUUCGGUAUCGCUAAUUCGCGUCUCGAAGGUUCUUUUUUCUUCUUCCUCUUCUUCUUCCUCUUCUUCUUCUUCUUCUUCUUCUCUCUUUCUUUCUUUUUACCCUUUCCUUUCCUUUUUUUCCCCCCUCCUUUCCUUUUUCCUAUCUCUCUUCUUUAUCAGUCAAUUCCUAAGACUAUAUUUACCGUGUGACCACGGAUACAUCUCAAAUUCGUAGAGAGAGAGAAAGAAAGAGAGAGAGAAAGAGAGAGAGAGAGAAAAAAAAGAGAAAAAAGAAAGAGAGAAAGAGAGAGAAAGAGAGAUAGAGAUAGAGAUAGAGAAAGAGAGAACCUUCGAAGUGCUAUCGUGUGAUAGAGACAAGGUGAACGUCAAAAGAAGCAGAGUAAGGUGCCGAGUGGAUAUCACGCCAAGAUGGGCUCGUUCGGGAUCGGCAGAGCCGCAGCUGCAACUGCGGGACUGAUAGUCAUGGCGAUGUUAAGCAGUGGUCACGCUGCAUUGGCAAGAACAGCGUUCGAGAAAUUAACUGAUUACGAUUACCGAGGUACGACUUAUUACAGUGUUAGAAAUUUAUCGCUUUACGAGUGUCAAGGUUGGUGCCGAGAGGAAGCUGAAUGCCAGGCUGCAGCUUUCUCCUUCGUAGUAAAUCCUUUAGCACCGAUGCAGGACACUCUUUGUCAAUUACAAAACGAAACGGCAGCUACUAAUCCAGCAGCUCAACCUCAACGUGCUGUGAACAUGUAUUACAUGACGAAACUGCAGAUCAGAUCAGAAAACGUAUGUCUCCGACCAUGGUCCUUCGAACGUAUACCAAAUAAAAUGAUUCGUGGAUUGGACAAUGCACUCAUUUAUACAUCGACGAAGGAAGCCUGUCUCGCUGCCUGUUUGAACGAACACAGAUUUACCUGCCGAUCUCUCGAAUAUAAUUACGUUACUCUUCAGUGUCAUCUCAGUGACUCCGAUCGACGUACCACCGGGCAAUACGUUCAAUUCGUCGAUGCUCAGGGUGUCGAUUAUUUUGAAAAUCUUUGCUUGAAGGGAAAAGAAGCUUGCAAGUCUCAAAGGAUCUUCCAAAUUCCUAGAAUCGGAGUCGCCGAUGACAAAGUCGCUCAAUACGCUGGUCUACAUUAUUAUACCGAUAAAGAGCUUCAAGUUCAAAGCGAAUCUGCAUGCAGAUUGGCCUGCGAAAUUGAGAACGAGUUCCUUUGCAGAUCGUUCCUUUAUCGUGGCGCACCUCAAGGAUCGGCUUAUAAUUGUCAUCUAUUUCAUUUGGAUCAUUGGACUCUUCCCGACGGACCUUCGACCUAUCUUAACGCUGAAAGACCACUGAUCGAUAAUGGUGAACGAGUUGGAACCUAUUUCGAAAACUUUUGCGAGAAAGGCACCGGACCACUCGCAGAUCCGCUUCCGGUCGUCUUCGAAACUACAGAAGAUCCUACGGUGAAUAAUCUGACAAGGAACGAUAUCAACUGCGAUAAAACCGGCACCUGCUAUGACGUAUCUGUCGAUUGUAAGGACACACGUAUAGCCGUUCAAGUUCGUACAAACAAGCCAUUCAAUGGUCGUAUCUAUGCCCUCGGACGUUCUGAAACUUGCAAUAUCGACGUUAUCAAUAGUGAUCUCUUCAGACUCGACUUAACGAUGAGCGGACAGGAUUGUAAUACGCAGAGCGUGACUGGCAUCUACUCGAACACAGUGGUACUCCAACAUCAUUCGGUGGUCAUGACAAAGGCUGAUAAAAUCUAUAAGGUGAAGUGUACUUACGACAUGUCAUCGAAGAAUAUCACUUUCGGGAUGAUGCCUAUCAGGGAUCCGGAAAUGAUUAGUAUCACUAGUGCACCCGAAGCACCACCACCAAGGAUACGCAUUCUCGAUAGCAGAUCAAGAGAAGUGGAAACCGUAAGAAUCGGAGAUAAAUUGACGUUUAGGAUCGAAAUACCUGAAGACACACCUUACGGAAUCUUUGCUCGCAGCUGCGUUGCUAUGGCCAAGGACUCGAAAAGCACCUUCCAAAUAAUCGACGAUGAAGGAUGUCCAGUGGAUCCCUCGAUAUUCCCGAGCUUCACGCCAGACGGUAACGCCCUCCAAUCGGUCUACGAAGCCUUCAGGUUCACGGAAUCUUAUGGUGUCAUCUUCCAAUGUAACGUCAAGUAUUGUCUCGGACCAUGCGAACCGGCUGUUUGCGAGUGGGGACGUGAAUCCGUUGAAUCGUGGGGCAAAAGACGUCGAAGGAAUGUCAUGAAUGCUACCGAAGAGAAAGCUGAGGACAUGACUCUUUCUCAAGAGAUUUUAGUCUUGGAUUUCGGUGAUGAAAAACAAUCAGAUUUCCUCAAAAGCGACGCCAGCAUAGACUUCAACGAAGCAGACAAAACCGUGACCAUCGUAGAACCAUGCCCGACAAAGACAUCGGUACUCGCAUUAGGAGUUACGUGUGCUCUUCUGGUUCUUAUCUACAUCUCUACGAUCUUUUGCUACUAUAUGAAGAAAUGGUUGUCACCGCGGAAGAUGAUGCCUUGAAAAGACUCGUUUCAUACUUGCAAAAACGAAUAGGACAAAAGACGAGUACGGGGAAAUGUUUUUAUACGAUAUACACAUAUACACAACACAUAAGUACACUUUACCUUGCGGCAAUAAUAUCAUACACUAUACGAAUAUCUCAUACGCGUGAGAAGUAUCACGAUGCAAAAUCGGCGAUAUUUGUCGAACGGGACAAAGAGAAAAAAAGAAAAAGGAAAAAAAAGAAAAAAAAAAUACUGAAAAAAAGAAUAAAAAAAAAAAAAAAAAGAAAAGAAGAAGAAGAAGAGAAAGGAGGACUCGUCGAACCUAAUCGCUCUGUCUUAAAAUUAUUCACAUAUCAUUGUUUCACCAACGAUUUUGAUACCUGCCGAUGGCAUAUAAGAGAUCCAUACAAAAUGUCAUGAGGUCGUAGCACGCCGUAACACGCGCCGACCUCUUUCAUCAAUAAUAUUCAGUGACACUAAUUAUAGAAUAAUUUCGAAGUAACGUUCAACGUAUCGGCUACCAUUUUGCUCAAUACGGUAGAGUCACAAGACGGGACCAUUGUGCAACGUCUUAACGACUUUCGAUCCUGUUGAUGUGUUACUCAAGUACACUAAUUUAAGAAUCUAUCCUUCCACAUUCACAUUCAUGCUCGCGCAUAAGCAUAGUAUCGUAUACGUUCAUAUACGUAUUUAUUGAUUUUAAUUGAUGAGCGAUUAGAUUCGAUAAGAAAAAAAAAAAAAAAAAAAAAAAAGUAUACUACUUAUUUAAGAAAAUUUUCUAAACAGAACUAUCUCAUAUUUCUCUCUCCUCUCUUUCUUUCUCUCCCCCUCUCUCUCUCUCUCUCUCUCUCUCUCUCUUGUAGCUACUUCUGAUCGGGUUGCAAGAAGAUAAUCUCGAUCGACGUAAAUUCGAAAAAGUUUUAUGAUAUAAACGACGAAUAACGAUCGAAUUUUUAUUAUUUUCCAUAAGUGUCGACUUAUAACCCGUAUCAAGACUAGCGAUAUUUAAAGGUUCACGCUUCACUAACGUUUCUAACGAUACAGAUAGAAUUAAGGUAGCGAUUAAGCAAAGUAUGCGAGCAUAAGAGAAAAAUAAGAAAGAAAGAGAGAAAGCACUGGUACAUAUGCGCGAUCGAUAUUCUCGAUUUCGUUCUUGACGCGACGUACGUUAGCAAACAGAACGACGAUAAUAUCGUAUACGUACGUUCUCAGAGUCGAAAGAAAUACUCCUUCGUACAGUUUCAUAGUUUUUGGUGGUGCGCAUGGAAAUUCCAUUCCAUUAAUCGUAUAAGAUUUAACAACGUAACGUAAAGUUUAUCUCAUUAAUAAUAGAACAACUACAGUCUAUUCACGAUCAUGCGAAAUUUCGAAGAAAAUUUUCCUCGCGAAGCGUCGAUAAUUCUUCGAUCGAGUUCCGGUGCAAUUAUUUUUUCGAAAUGUCGCACUGAAAGAAAAAAAAAAAAAGAAAAAAGAAAGAGAAAAGAAAAAAAAAAGAAAAAAAAAAGAAAGAAAGGAAAAAGAAAAGAUUUAACUAACGUAUGCUUGUGAAUCGACUGAAGUGCAGCAAGACAUUCGGUUAAGGUGCUUACUCUUUAGAGUUCGAGCUCUCUGCGCGUUGCCCUUAUGAUGAAAUUUAUCUGAAUCACAAAAGUUAAACAAAAAGAUCAAUUUAAUCGUCGAAAUGAUUUAUUGUUAUUUAUUAAUCGGUAUAUCUCUUUUUAUUUCUACGAUUUUGUUUAUCGUUAGUGUAACAAAACGAAUCAAGUGUGUAUUACAAAAAAAAAAAAAGAAAACAAAAAAAAAAAGCACUCUAAUUCAAGUGAUUGAUAACGAACGAGAAAAGAAAAAUUUGCGUAAGGGCUAUCGUACGAGAGCUAAAACAAAUACAAAAUGUAUAUAUUACGACGUUUAUUGUAUUAAGCAUUCAGAGAACAAAACACAUUACUAUCAAUAUCAUAUGCAUUUGUACUCUAUUUAUAAAUAUAAAUAUAUAAAUAUAUAUAUGUGUAUACACAAUACGAAAAUAGAAUGAAUGUCUUUUUAUUAUUAAUUAUAAGCGAGGAUCAAUGUCGGCGAGAACUUUUUUCCACGCAAGUCCAUCAACAAUACCGGUUCAGUAGCAACCUUUUCUUCCUUUCUCUCUCUCUCUCUCUCUCUCUCUCUCUCUCUCUCUCUCUCUCUCUCUCUCUCUCUCUCUCUCUCUCUCUCUCGCCUCCGUACUUUUUCCACCUACUUCAAAUAUUUUUCAUUUCCAUUCGAUCGUUCGGUGCAUAAAUCGCUUGAAAUAAUUUAUCGCACAUUCGUACGUCACUGGUUGCUAAGAGCCAAUUAGAAACGAAAAAAAAAAAAAAAAAGAAAAAAAAGAAUAAAAUAUAUCGCGAUUAUUGAAACUUAUUACUCGUUAAUAUAUGUAUUUCUCGAAAAUAUACACGUGAGGAAUUUUAACAAUUUAAAAGGAAGAUAAAAAAAUUUUAUUCUUUUCUUUUUCUUCUUCUUUUUUCGUUCAACGCUCUUAAGCGAAGCCAAUAAAAUUCAUCGAAAAUUCGAAAUGUCAAGGGGUCGUUCUUUACCAAUAAAAAAUCUUUCAAUUUACAACUAUCGAAGAGGAAAGAGAAAUAUAAGUAUAUAUAAGGUGGAUCAAUAAUAAUUAUUGUCUCAAAUAUCUUUGAUUACUUUAGAUUUUAUAUAGAAAAAAUCCUCAGGACAAGGUUACAUUAUUUCAAUGAGCGAAUUUAAUGAUGAGAAAAAGAUUGCGAAAAAACAAUUUGUUUAUUAAUAUGUAACCAAUUUUGAACGAUUUAUCUUUUGAACUAUUCAUCAUGAUUCAUCAUGAAACUUUUCUUAAUAUAUCUUUUUUCUAUUGCUUCUAACAGACGAGAUAUUCAAUUGACUCUUAAUUUAUAAUCAUCCUAUAUAUACAUACAUAUGUAUAUACAUGUAUAUAUAUAUAUAUAUACAUUUAUGUGUGUAUGUAUAUUAGAAUAAAAUCGGCGAGCAGCCAAUGAUGAGUUCGAGCUUAAAGAUCGGACCUGGUUGUUCAGUGUUUGCCAUAUGGCGGCUUACCGUAGACAAGUAAAGCGUUUGGCUUUACACGACAAUAAUAGCAAACAUCAGUUGACACAUCGGUGCGAAAAAACUCGACGUUCCGAUGGUUCCUCCCUUCUCCUAUUGAAAAAAGAAAA